UAUGCUCCGCUCUUUUCUCAUGUCGCUCCAGCGGAAACAACACCGUUCAGUGUUUCCCGUAGUCAUCGUUGAAUAGCUGGGUAACAGCGAACAGUGGAUCGCAUCUCAAUAAAAAAGAGCCUCUUGUUUACUCGUUUAUCUAUUUAUCAAAAGACAAAAUGCCCCUGGAGAACUUGGAGGAGGAGGGUCUGCCUAAGAACCCCGAUUUGAGGAUAGCUCAGCUGAAAUUUCUGCUCACGAUGGACGGCCACCGACGAGACGAGAAAGUGAAAACCGAGCUAAUGGAUGCUAUUAAAGCUAACAACAUGGCGCCGUAUUAUGAGGGUCUGUGCAAGGAGCUGAAGUGGCCGCUGGACUCUGAGCUGCUGAGCAAAAUGAAAAAGGCCAACGAGGAGGAACUGAAGCGCCUGGACGAUGUGCUGGAGGAUGCAGAGAAGAACAUGGGAGAGAGCGAGAUCCGGGACGUCAUGAUGGCCAAAGCGGAAUAUUUAAUCAGAAUCGGAAAUAAGGAGGGCGCACUGACGGCUUUCAGGAAGACCUACGACAAGACGGUGGCUCUGGGUCACAGGUUAGACAUCGUCUUCUACCUGCUGAGGAUCGGCCUCUUCUACAUGGACAGUGACCUCAUCACACGCAACUCGGAAAAAGCCAAGAGCCUCAUCGAGGAGGGCGGGGACUGGGACCGGAGGAACCGCCUGAAGGUCUACCAGGGUCUGUACUGCGUGGCCAUCAGGGACUUCAAGCAGGCCGCCGAGCUUUUUCUGGACACCGUCUCCACCUUCACCUCGUACGAGCUCAUGGACUACAAGACGUUUGUCACCUACACAGUUUACGUCUGCAUGAUCGCCCUGAAAAGGCCCGACCUCCGCGAAAAGGUGAUAAAAGGAGCAGAGAUCCUGGAGGUGCUGCACAGCCUCCCGUCCGUCCGCCAGUAUCUGUUCUCCCUGUACGAGUGCCGUUACUCUGUCUUCUUCCAGUCUCUGGCCCUGGUGGAGCAGGAGAUGAAGAAAGACUGGCUCUUCGCCCCACACUACCGCUACUAUGUGAGGGAGAUGAGGAUCCAGGCCUACGGCCAGCUGCUGGAGUCCUACCGCUCCCUCACGCUGGGAUACAUGGCCGAGGCCUUCGGCGUCAGCACAGAGUUCAUUGAUCAGGAACUGUCCCGAUUCAUCGCCGCCGGACGUCUCCACUGUAAAAUUGAUAAAGUUAACGAGAUCGUGGAAACUAAUAGACCUGAUAGCAAAAACUGGCAGUACCAGGAGACCAUCAAGAAGGGUGACCUGCUGCUCAACAGAGUCCAGAAGCUGUCAAGAGUCAUUAACAUGUAACCAUGGCAACCGUUGUUUUUCGUGAUGGAGAGUUGCGAGUUUUCCUCUUGGUAUUUGUCUGACAAAGUGGCUUAUAUUGUGUAUAUAAUAAAACCUGUUUACCUAAGAUAUCCCCUGAUGUUGAAUUGACAAACAAGGCGGAGGCAGAGUUUCAUAUAAAUAACAGUAUAAAUUAUUUUAUUUACACAAACUUGUUACAAAACAAAUAUACUAUACAAUCCUUUUCUUUAAAUAUUAACUCUAACCUAUGUUUUGUUCAUGAAUUACAUAGCAGCCAAAUACAUAAGUCCAGCUGAAAAUGAUUCUGAUAAUGUAUACAGAAAACAAAAAUCUAUACACGCUUUUACAACGUAUGAAACAUGUUUUUUUUUUUUUUUUUUCUUUUUUUAUUCUUUUUCCUUCCCAUACAUGAGUUGGAUUCUCCGUCACGUUUUAACAUUCCAGGUCUGCGGUGCAGAUAAGAAACAAAACAUCCUCAAAUGUUUCCAUCUGAAGAGAAAAAUCUCAGUGGAGUUUGAAAGGUGAAGCGGAACAAAACUUCAACGUGUCGUCUGAAGGAAAACAAAAGUGUUUUUAACCGAGUGGAUGAGAAGCUCUGGCUUGUUGUUUGUGUUUUGUUUUUUUGUUUUCUUUAAGGGUUCACAGGCUGAUAUUUAAACCAAGCUCCAAUACUUUGAACAUUCAAGUAGGGUAAAGCCACCCGACGAAUACUGUCCUCAAAGAGUCAGGGAGAGAAACUAAUUCAGGCACUUUCUUGAUUUGAUAUUUCUUUCGCACUGCUGCUGCUGAACUCAUCCCAGAAAAGCUGCGAUUUAAACUGGCGACGAGGAAGCAGACAACUUUUCAACUGCUCUUCUUCCUCGCAAAGAUUGCCAUGUCCCCAUGGCACCACCACCACCCUCCAAUCAUGAAAUGUGUUCAAGUCUACACAGCGAACGACUCAAUACUCCCUAAAGCAUUUUACUUUAUUUUAUUUAAUUUUAACGGGCACAGCUUCAGGCCGUGACAUUUCAGACCAACGGGGGUCACACAGAGUCGGAUUAGUAGGCAACAUAAAACCGUCCGGUAAAAAAGCACGCGUGAUUCAGAUCUUGGUACAUGAAUAAAGGAAUCUCUCAUACAGACACAUGCUACAGCGGCGACGUCUCCCUGUCCCUCCUUUUGAAGGUCGAGUACACGAUUCAUGAGAUGCUUCGACGAACGGGAUGUAUUGCAUCGUAUAGACUUGGCAGUGAACCACUUCAAAUAGUCUUGUCUGCAAGAUCUCUCUCCUUUUUUUUUUUCUUUUUCUUAAUAAAUAAAUAAUCUUUAAAAUUGUACCAAAAAGUUCAGCGUGUAGGAAAAAUGCCCGUGCAAAAAUACAUACUUUUUAACUAUGUACAAUUUAUUAACAAAAUAUGUAUUCUCAAAGAGGGACACUUGAUACAUAGGCUACAAGAAAACAUGGUGAAUUAAAGAGUAUUUCUUAGAAAACGGCAAAAAAAAAUAUUUUCAGCUUUGACAUCAGUGAAGGAUUUUUAUUAGUUUAUUUUUUUUGUAUAUAGAAAUCAACGGGAGUUGCUAAAAAGCUUGUUUUCUCGUGAAGCCAUCUUCAUGAAUCUCGCACCAGAAAAACUCACCUGAAACCAUUGCUCAAAAACAAACCAGUGAGUAUUGCCUGUUUUUUUUUGUUUUUUUUUUUAGAAAUUUUGAAGUUCGACUGCAUGUCAAAUUAGAAAAUUCAGAAUUCGAUUUAAACAUUGAAGCUCAAACUUAAAGGGAUCCAUUUCAAGUGUUCUGCUAAGUUUGAUGAUUUAUUUCUUUCAGCUGAUAAACAGUUUCUCAUAUAAAUGAUGAAUUAUUACAUGAGGGAUUUUUUUUAAAGCACUAUUGUGGGGAAGACUUUCUUACAGUUGUCCAGCAGACAAGUCUCUAACACCUUGCACAAGCCAGGAAAAGGGCUUUGCUGAAGAAAAUGAAGUGGAAGGAAAAAGUGUGCUCAAGCAAAAGAAAGAACUGCAAAGUCCAUUCAAGAGCAAUUCACUAAGCUUGGACUGCAGUUUAAGAGUUCAAGAUGCACACAGACGUAAUCCAGGACAACAACAACUGGUGAGAUACUCCUAAAAAAAAAAAAAAGGAUUUGCAGAAUACCCAGACAAGGGCAUAAGGACAGAAAGUGGUCCAAAGUCGACGUUUGCAAUGAAAGAAAAUCAAGUUGCAGUGGAGAAGUGGCAUCCAAGUUAAUUGAGCUCCAGUGUUAACGUGUUGCUUUUUGGGGGAGUCCCAUGAACUGCUGGUGUCGGUCCAAAAAUCAGAACAUUUUAGAGCAAUUCACACACUGCCUGAAGUACCAACGGGUGCAAGCAAGAGGAAGAUGAGCGACACCAGAACCAAGAGUGCAGACAAGCUGAAGGCUGCUGGCUACCCUCCAGCAGGCUGAUCCACCUGUGCUGUACUUUUUCCAUAGGCAACAUUUCUAAGAAUAAAAAAAUGCCCCUUUUUAAAAAAAUCGUCGGUAAUGUUCUUAUUAUCUGAGAAACUUGACAUUAGGUUUCUAUUGGCUGCGAGCCUCGAUCUUCAACCUGAACAGAAACAAACCGUUUCACUUCUUCAAUUAAGUAGCUGAAAGACAUUUUCAAACAUAUUUUACUGAGAUCCACCUGCGUUAGUAUCAUGCUAGGCUUCUAUGGAGAUCCAAAAGUGCCUAAUUUGAAUUUUUCUAUCUUUUUUUUUUUUUUUUU